CCCAAUUCACUGUCGUGAACUGAAAGCCCGGACCGUGAUCUCAAGUCGAACACACCGCAUCACUAAGUCCAGUUCACAGGCAAUGGUCUGAGACCGUGAACUGACCUGUGUCCAAUGAAAACAAUUUGUGCUCUGAAUGCCUGGUUGUUCACGGGUAGCGCCUCCUGUUCACGGUCUUAGUGACCGUGAACUCACAGCCCAAACCGCGAUCUGUUGCUGCUUCCAUCCUUUGACUUGAUUUUUCGCCCUUUCGUCCAACUUUUGACCCCGGGGUUGGUUUCACCUGCUAAAGUCCGAAAAACACAAAAACAAGGCAAAAUUCGGCGUAAAAUCAAACCUCCCGAAAUAAAAAUGGUUCAAACGAUUAAACAAACUGAAGAUAAAAAAAAAAAUACAAAUAAGUCCGAAUCAGAUAUUGAGGUACUUGCCGAUUGCAACCACUAGUCACAAAAAGCAGGGAAAAGAGCAUAUUGAACCAUAGGGGUCAACAAGCGCCCUUCCAAUUGGCCUUUCCUCUUCCUAGCGUUGCGAUUGCAAACCACGUUCCACUAGGCGAUUUGAAUUUUGAGGGAUAUGCUUCUUCAAAACCUCUGUUGACGACUGUGCAACAAUCACAGAUUUUGCUCUGCAUAAAAACCACCAUGCGUCAAUUUGUAUUGAAACGGAACUAAGCUAAGCAGACCUCUUCUACCCAAACAAAGACCCGAUAUUUCAAAAUUCUCCCACGCUCCAGCGCUACUUUUCCUCUUCUUCAUUUCGCGAAGCUCUCAAGUCUUAAGCCCCCAACCAGCGUUAAAACCCUAAACCUCGCCCAAAUCAAGCUCGUUCAACUCCAGUAAUAUGUUCUCUCCAGCAGCGAAGAGGUCGAGCUUCAGCGCUCGCAAGGAAGGACAAUCCACACCAUCAGCGGCGGCAGCAGCAGCAGCAGCAGCUACGGGUUCCCCAUUCACUCCCGCGACUGAUAAUCGCAAGUCGGUCUUCUUCGGCAAUAAUGCAGUUCCCGAACGUCCGGCCACCGGGACUCCCGCUCCCUGGGCUCUUCCUCGCCUCUCCGUUCUCGCCAGGAUUCCGCCGACUGGAAAAGUUGAGAAAGGGACUCAAGCGGAUCCAAUUAAACCUGUGUAUGUUGGAGAAUUUCCCCAGGUGGUUCGUGAUGAACAGGCGAGACUGCAGAAGCAUAUUACUGGCGAUGUACUAGUGUCUGGUGGUAUGGACAAGGAAGCGUGUCUGUCAUGGAUGAUUUGUGGGAGCAACGUUUAUGUCUGGAGUUAUUUGUCAUCUGCAGCUUCAAAGAACUGCACUGUUCUAGAACUGCCUUCAGACAUUUUGCAGUGUGCAGAUAUUGGUAAAAGUCCCUAUCAUGGUAGCAGUUGGUUGCUGUCUGUUGUUGAAUGGCAUAGAACUAACCAAAGAGGCAAUAAAGUUCAACAGAAUCCCGGUUCUGUUGGUAUCAUAAUGUGCAACCAAAAAACUAGAGCUGUUAUUUACUGGCCAGAGAUUUAUGGAGAAGAACGAUCUGCUCCCGUUAGCACUGUUAUAUCCUUAGAUGAACCCGAGGUCUCUUCUUCCCCAAUUGAUGCAAGAACACCACCUAGUAAACAGAGACAACGUAGUAGGUCUGCAAGUAGUUCAACUAGAUUGCAUUCCUUGAACUCUUUGAUUGCUUCUGCUGUACCUGCUUCCAAGCAUGUGUGUGUAGCCUUUGCUUGUUGUUCCAACGGUGAGCUCUGGCAAUUUACAUGUAGCCCUGAUGGUUUUGAGCAUAGAAAAGUGUAUCAGAAUUCAUCGACUUUGUCCUCCCAAGGCAGUGACAGUGGUCAAUUUGUUGGGAGUAAGGGCUACCCAAGGUCACUUGUAUGGCGCUUCUCUGCUUCAUCCAUGGAGGAUUCUAGUAGAGAGUUUUUCAUGUUGACUGAUCAUGAGAUACAGUGCUUUAGUGUUUCAUUUAAUCCUGAGAUAAAUGCUACAAAGAUCUGGGCGCAUGAAAUUGUCAGCACUGAUGGUGACUUGGGUAUUAAGAAGGAUUUAGCCGGUCAGAAACGAAUAUGGCCUCUGGAUGCACAGGUGGAUGAACGUGGUAAAGUGAUUACUGUACUUGUUGCCAUAUUCUGCAUGGAUAGGGUUACUAGUUCUAGCUAUACACAAUAUUCUCUUUUGACCAUGCAAUACAAGUCUCAAGUAAGCAGAUCUUCUGAUUUACAUGAGAGAGUGUUGGAGAAGAAGGCUCCAAUUCAGGAAAUAAUUCCUAAAGCAAGACUGGAGGAGGAAGAUUUCUUGUUCUCCAUGAGACUUAGGGUAGGAGGGAAGCCAGCAGGCUCAGCAAUCAUACUUUCUGGUGAUGGAACUGCCACGGUAUCUCACUAUUAUAGGAGCAAAACCCGUCUGUAUCAAUUUGAUCUUCCUUAUGAUGCAGGAAAAGUUCUAGAUGCGUCGGUUCUGCCACCAGCUGAUGAUGGUGAAGAUGGUGCAUGGGUUGUAUUAACAGAGAAAGCAGGAAUAUGGGCAAUACCAGAAAAAGCUGUUGUACUCGGAGGAGUCGAACCACCUGAGAGAAGCUUGUCGCGCAAAGGUAGCUCAAAUGAAAGAUCUUCACAAGAAGAAAGACGGAAUGUUACAUUUGCAGGCGCCUUUGCUCCUAGAAGGGUUAAUUCUGAAGCAUGGGAUCUUGGUGAUAGGCAAAGGGCAGCUAUGACUGGGAUUGGACGUUCUACGGCGCAAGACGAAGAAUCAGAAGCUUUGCUUGGUCAGCUUUUCCAUGAUUUCUUGCUAACUGGUCUGGUAGAUAGUUCAUUUGAAAAGCUUCGCAACUCUGGUGCAUUUGAAAGGGAUGGGGAGACGAAUGUUUUUGCCCGAACAAGCAAGUCGAUCGUUGAUACCUUAGCCAAACAUUGGACAACUACCAGGGGUGCUGAAAUUGUCUCUAUGUCUAUCGUCUCCAGCCAACUCAUGGAUAAGCAGCAAAAACAUGAAAAAUUUCUCCAGUUCCUUGCCUUAUCAAAAUGCCAUGAAGAACUUUUGACCAAACAAAGACAAUCUUUACUAACAAUAUUGGAACAUGGUGAGAAACUUGAUGGAAUGAUACACCUGAGGGAAGUACAGAACACAAUCAGCCAGAGCCGUGCAACUGCAUCCGGUGGGCUGUCGGGUUCAGAAUCUCAAGUUUCAGGUGCUCUUUGGGAUCUAAUUCAGCUAGUUGGUGAGAGAGCCCGUCGGAAUACUGUUCUUCUCAUGGACAGGGACAAUGCUGAAGUCUUUUUCAGCAAGGUUUCCGAUCUCGAAGAGUUAUUUUAUUGCUUGGACCUACACCUGGAUUACAUUUUAAAUGACGACCAGCCACUUGAAUUUCAGAUUCAAAGAGCUUCCGAACUUUCAAAUGCCAUUGCCUCCAUCUUUCGGGCCACUGCUUUUUAUAGGGAUGAGCACCAUAUGUGGUAUCCCCCUCCCGCAGGCUUAACUCCCUGGAAUUGUCAACCUAUUGUCCGGAAUGGGAUGUGGAGAGUGGCGUCAUUCAUGGUUCAGUUGUUAAAUGAGACAUCAAGGCUUGGGGAGUCUGCCAUAUUAGAUUUCCAUAGUCGUUUAGAGGUCCUAGCUGAAGUUCUACUUGAGGCAUAUGCUGGUGCAAUUGAAUCUAAGCUUGGGCGUGCCGAGGAAUACAAGGGGCUAUUAGAUGAGUAUUGGAAAAGGAGAGAUUUCCUUCUUGAAUCUCUUUAUCACCAAGUCAAAUACAUUGUGGAAGGGAAACACCAAUUUCUGGCUAUAGAAACUGGUGAGCAGCAUGAAGAAAUCCUUAGGAAGCUUUCUGCAGGCUUGUUAGCAGUUUCUAAAAGGCACGAGGGUUAUAGUAUCAUGUGGAGUAUCUGCUGUGAUUUUAACGAUUCAGAGCUGCUAAAAAAACUUAUGCAUGAGAGCAUGGGGCCCAAAGGAGGAUUCAGUUACUUUGUGUUCAAACAACUAUACGAGAAGAGGCAGUUCGCCAAGCUUCUCAGGCUGGGUGAAGAAUUCCAGCAAGAGCUUGCUAUCUUCUUAAAGGAUCACCAGGAUCUUCUAUGGCUUCAUGAGUUGUUCCUUCAUCAAUUUUCCUCCGCUUCGGAAAGUCUUCAUAUGUUGGCUCUCUUGGAAGAUGGGUGUUCCAUAUCAGAAGCUGAAAAUGGCAUACAUGCUGAACUUCCCACCGUUGCUGUAACUCUUGCAGAUCGAAAGCGUCUUUUGAAUCUGUCAAAGAUUGCUGCCAUGGCAGAUAAAAGUGUUGAUCAUCAGUCAAAGGUGAAGCGUAUUGAAGCAGAUUCGAAGAUGUUGAAGUUGCAGGAAGAGAUAGUGGGAACCCUAACAGCAGAAGCAGAGCUGACCGGUGGAGAGGACCGGUUAUUCCGACCAGAGGAGCUCAUCGAGCUCUGCCUCAAAUCCGGAACCCGCGACCUUGCGUUGCUUGCAUUCGAGGUCUUUGCAUGGACCAGCUCGUCGUUCCGCGAGACCCACAGGAGCCUCCUGGAGGAGUGCUGGAGGAACGCUGCCAAUCAGGACGACUGGGGAGGGCUCCAGCAAGCAUAUGCGGACCAAGGGUGGAGCGACGAGGAAAUGCUGCGGCAGCUUAGGGAGACCGUCCUCUUCCAGGCUUCCAGCCGGUGCUAUGGUGCCAAUGCCGAGACCAUCGAGGAUGAGUUCCACUCGGUGCUACCUCUGAGAAAAGAGGACGUGGAUUCUGCUGGGGCGGAAUACUCAGUGGAGACGUUGCUGAUGCAGCACAAUGACUUCCCCGAGGCCGGGAAGCUGAUGCUUACUGCCGCCGUGUUGGGUGCCGUACAAGAGGAUGUAGUGAAAGUAGACGAGAGUUCUCCGAUGGAGUGAGUAGUGUCAUACGAUAAUUACUUUACAAUUGGCGCUUUGUUUUGUAGGUAGAGAUGAGGUCUUCUUGUUUGGGCUGUUUUUGCGGCGGCAGUGAAAAUGGUUUCGGAUUUGGGCGUCAUUGGCAGAAUUGUUGCGGCGAAGCUUUUUAUCGAUGGAUUCCUGUUUCGCACUCUGACUUCGUUACUUGCUCUUAGAGUUAGAGGUGGCAAUUAAUUCCUGGAUUAGUGAAUUAGAUCUAUAGAUAAUUCAAAUGACUUCUAAGUAUUUGACCAAGUAUUUGACCAAUAUGUAAAUUUUGAAAAGUUUGGGAUGUUAAAAUGUUAUGAUUAAUAAAAUUUCGAAACGUAA